AUCUCUUCAGCUUUCAUAUUGAUGAAGCUUACAAUGGCCUCUCUGUCCUACUUCUUCAUUGUUGUUACACUCUUCAUCAUCCCUUUUUUUGGUUGUUGUGCCAAUGCACAACUCUCUCCCAACUUCUAUGCAAGAACUUGCCCAAGUCUUCCGACUAUCGUUCGCAAUGCUAUGAGUCAGGCUGUUGCUACGGAGGCUCGGAUGGGUGCCUCGAUCCUUCGCUUAUUCUUCCACGACUGCUUUGUAAAUGGUUGCGACGGUUCCAUACUACUGGAUGACACGGCCACCUUCACCGGUGAAAAGAAUGCAUUCCCAAACCAGAACUCAGUCAGGGGUUUUGAAGUCAUUGACACCAUCAAAACCCGAGUGGAAACUGCUUGUAAUGCUACUGUAUCUUGUGCAGAUAUUUUAGCACUCGCAUCCCGGGAUGGAGUUGUCUUGCUUGGAGGAACCUCGUGGACGGUAGCCCUAGGCCGAAGAGAUGCAAGAACAGCAAGCCAAAGCGAUGCCAACAACCAACUCCCCUCUCCGUUCGACAACCUCUCAACCCUAAUCUCGGGUUUCUCAGCAAAAGGCUUAACCGCCCGCGACCUGACCGCGCUCUCCGGUGGCCACACAAUAGGCCAGUCCCAGUGUUCUCUCUUCAAAAACCGCAUAUACAACGAGACCAACAUUGACCCCAGCUUCGCCACCACUCGUAAGGCUACAUGUCCAGCUUCCGGCGGCGAUACGAAUCUUGCUCCCUUCGAUAUAACCCCGACUCGUUUCGAUAAUAAUUACUACAAGGCCCUCGUGGCUCGUCGUGGCCUUCUUCAUUCGGAUCAGGAGCUCUUCAACAGCGGGAGUCAGGAUGCCUUGGUUACAACGUAUAGUAACAACCCCGCCGCGUUUUCGAGAGAUUUUGCUGCAGCCAUGGUGAAGAUGGGCGCUAUUAGUCCUCUAACUGGGACAAAUGGAGAGAUCAGGAAGAAUUGCAGACUAGUGAACUAAUUUUAUAAGGAAUUUAGUUUUGUGCAAUUGAUGAAUGAAUAUUGGGUGACAUAAGUUUCCUUUAUAGACUGCUAAUUCAAAUUAAAGUUCACCAAAUCUUUGUGUAAAAAUUUUCAUGCCCAUUGGAGAAGUAUUGGCUAUGAAAUUGAAGCACGGUCAAUGGUGUAUUGUUCUAAUUAUUAGUAAAGUGUUGAUCUUUUUCAAAUA